AUGAAAUCUCGCAGGAAAUACGGGCAGCUUAUCGAGUGGGACGUAAAAGAUGAACUUCAGAAUUUUACAAACGUGAUCAAACAUUGGCACGAUAAGGAAAGAGAUUUUGACUUUGCUUCUGGUCGAUCAAAGACCGGAAAAACCCUUCACGAUUUUACGCAAAUCGUUUGGAAGAAGGCCAAAAAGGCCGGCUGUGGUCAGAGCGAAAUAUUCGGCUCAAAGUAUUAUGUGGUGUGGAUGGAUUCUGAUGGUGUUGUGAGUCCGAAUAUAGAAGUUGAUGAAACAAAUAUUGGAUCUCCCAAGAUGGUACGUCGGGUCUUCUAUUAAAAAAAAAAGAUUCUAUGUUAGCGUGCGUUUGUUUAGUGGAUCACAGAUGACGUCAAAAUAUGGUAAGAACAAGAAAGUGGCGCACGAGGCGCAGCCGAGUGUGUCACUGAUGAUCUUACCACAUUUUGAGGUCAUCUGUGACCUAUUGCUAAACCGAUCCACGGAAAUGCGGAAUCUAUCUGUUAUAUAUGAUAAAAAAAGCGAACUGCUGCUGAUGGUUACGUCAUCUAUGCGUUUGUACUUUAAUAGAUCAUGAAUAAGAAUGAAUCAGAAUGCGUAUACAAUUCAGCUUAUCGCAUAAAUCGUCCUUUUCGACCCAAAACGAUGACUUCCGUCGUUUUAGUACUAUUUGCAAAAAGGUGUUCGCAAUGUAUACAAUCCUUUACAUAAUAUCUUGAGAGAACUUAAAAAAAUGAGAUUAUUCCGAAGAUUAUAAUGAAAAUAAGUGUACCUCAUAACUUACGAAGUUUAAAUUGAAUUAUUUGUGUUUCACGUGCAAACCUUGUCCAUAAUUAAUCUGUUUUAGAACGAUCUUCACUGGUUCGAACGAGCUAAUCAGUCGACUAAAAGGAAAUCUACUCAUGUAGUGCCAUUAAGACCACAGGACGCAGAUUCCUCAACAAGGGGUCGUGUGGAGCCUGAAUCGCCAAUAAAUGCUUUGAGGGGUGGUGGUGAGCAAGGCAAACCUGCUGGUCACCCUGAUUUGAAUGAAGUUCGAGAAGAGCAAAAGGUGUUGAAUAACAAUGCUCUUUUGAAACAAUAUCUAUUUCAUGACACCCUUAACAAUGUGGUAUUGAAUGAAAAUAAGGAAACUGCUAGUUACCACGUAGUUCCUGGAGCAGAAGACGGCGCCAACUGGCAAAAAGGAGCAGAAAGCCUAAUACAGCUAGAUCAUGACAAGGGGAAUACGAACCAUACCUCACCCACUCAUGGCAUGACGUCGCUAGACAAUACACCGACGUCAUCUAGUAAUGGUAUGACCUCUCCGAUUAGAGAUGGGGAAGACGAUGAUAGUAAACAGGCGGCUAGGUUCCAAUCCCUGGUGAUCCAGGACGAUGACAUGCUGACAAAAAGUGAAGAAGACGGCAACGGAACAGUCUCCACGGAAGCCAGCGAUAGCGACGAUAUCGCGGAAGGGGAUGAGUAUCAGCAGGCAGCAAUCCAGUCUAUGAUGAAGCAAGAAGACGAUAUGAUACAGAAUGAAGAGCCUGCAGAUGACGAAGAGUUGUCAGGAGGGACUCCUCCACCAGGCAAGGCAACAUUUGGAACCUCAAACAAAGUGGCACCAAACGAUGUCAAUGGCAAAAGUUAUUCAAAACCCUCUACAAAAUCAAAUGAAGCUUUUGUAAUCAAUAUAACCGAGGAUCAUCAGGGAGAAGACGGAAAAUCGUUCUAUACAUCAGGUGUGGCCCUCAAUAAUAAUCCCAACGAGACGAACACAUUUACUGCAUCAAAUAACAAACCUGCUCUUGAUUUAUUUAAGGGUAGCGCUAAUUCGUCUCUUCGCAAUGAUGAAAUAAGGAACCAGUCAACGGCAAGCAUCCGGCCAGGGACUCCUCCUGGUUCGCUUUCGAAAGAAAGGCAUGGCAGUGAUGAGAAUGAAGAUCAAACAAAAGGUAGAAUGCAAACAUCAGGAAAUUCCUUAUUGAAGAAUAACAAAACAAUAAACCAGAUAAAGGUAAAUUCUUCACAAUCUGCCAUAUUAAAUUAUCACAACCUGUCAAAUCAAGAGAAAACAAUGCAACAAUCUAAAUCAAAAGAGAAUUCUCCGACAAGCUCGGUCAGCAUAAGCUCUAAUUCAAGCAAUGAUAUGGAGCAAGUUGUAAAUAUGGCUUCCACUCCAAAGGCAUCAAGCUCUCAGGGGAAACUAAUACCUGGUGAGAUUCAAGCUGAGAAAAAGCCCUUUUCGUCGAAUAUGCGACCGCGACUAACUUUAACAGAAAUGAUUACACCUGGGGUGAAAAUUAAUCCUGUCGAGAAUUCCCCAUCUAUCCCUCAAACACAUUACACACCCGGACCUUUAGAACAAACAGUAACAGCAUUAGUCAGCCACCUUCCAACAUCUGCGGCCUCAGGAAGUCAGAAAACUGAACAAUCGAUGCUUACAUCGGGCACAAAACCACACAAUGGUCAGUCAACUGAGUCAAAUACUGCGAUUCAGUCACCUGUUGCCAACAGCCUCGAUGCCAGCUCACAUGACUCUGAUCUUCAUCACGUGAAUUCACCAGCUCUGAUCACUUUGCCGAAUUCCAGUAGCCGGCCCAUAAAGCUCGUUUUCCAUGUUCAAGAUAUGAAGUCAAAAGGGGUGUCGCCAAACACUCAGAUUAGUGGGUCCCAGGGCAGCGAUGACAACCAGUCAGCAUCUGUGUUGAAUGUUGCCGCAGAUAUGGUGAACAAUGAAGGUAAGUAAGUUUCUAAGUACGUAUUAAGAAAUAAAAGUGGGGCUAAAGAGUGAUUCCAAUCAAUGUGAUCCUGUCUUUGUGAAAAAUAUGUAAUGAUUUGUAAUAAUUAAGUGAUCCGGCAUCCUUCCGAUUGCCAAUAUGACCUUGGUAUAGGACCCACUCUCUCCCAACUAGAAAUAUCUUCCACGACGUCUGCGACAGACAAUGGCGGGGCAGUUAUCUUUUAUCAAAAAAAAAAUCGAAGACGACGAAGAUAUUUACAAAAGAAGUAAAGUUUUAUGCAAUUAUUUAUUAUCUAGCAAAACCUUGGUUUGCACUCGAAGUUGUUGGCGUUCAAACUGGUGCACAUUAAUAUCAAUGACUAUUAACAAUUACAUUCUAGCACCUAAAAAGAACAUGACUAACCAGCGAUUUAUCUGUCCAUCGUAUCUUCAGAAUGUCACGAUGACACCUUACAAUGUCACCUUUGGGCUCACCAUGGACACUGUAGAGGAACUGCAUACGCAGAAUUUAUGAGAAGACAUUGUAAAGCUACCUGUGGAUAUUGUGGUAAUUCUAAAAGCAUUAUUUUAAUAAUAAGAGCAAAUUUCAACCGUACAACUACUUACAAUCUACUUACACAAUACUUAGCUUCACAGCUUUGAUUUAACGGCCUUAGAAUAAACACGCUAUGUAACCUGUUACUUACCCGCUUCAUAGCUUUUAGCUUGUGUGAACUUAACAGAACGACACAACUCUUUCCUUUGUCACUGCCAUUCUCACCUUGAACUAGAUUUUCCAACUUUUCACUUGACACCCUUGCCCAUCCUGGCUUCAAUCCUCUUCAAACUGUCUCAGGCGUUUCCUAUUUUCUUCACCCUUUGGUGCUCAGGCCAUAGCGAAGUGACGAAGGUUACUAUAGCUAAGAAAUAUGAUUAUACGGAUAGGAAUCGAACUCUUUGCUGGGAAUCUUACCCAUAUAUGUUGAUAUUUCAUGAAGCUGUUGCCAAAUGUGAUAAAAAGACAAAGAAACUCACGAGACACUUUUCAUGGCAAGGCUUUGAUAAAUGCUGCAGAAUGUUCUUUCUGGUUGUAGGUCUUCCUUCGGUCAUCAAAGAAAGUGAAAAUCACAAAAAAGCCCAAAGUGUGGCCCAAGAUGGUAAGUGUUGGUUAAUUCAUGAUGAAUUAAGGGUAACAGUGCUUGAUAUCACUCAUUCAUUACCCACUGAACGAGAGGUAUUUCUGUGUUCGCAACGUGUAACUGUAACUUCAGUUGUACCACGUAAACUCUAUUACAAAAUGAUGAAGGUCACCGCACCUUUAAAGGGUGACCUUACCAGGUACCAAGUAGCGUAUUAUGAACUGGUCUCAGAUUCAUCAUCACCUCUAAGAGGCACCAACUCCUGAACAGCUAAUAAUGCCUCUCAUACGUGUGUGGGAUCACGAAUCACUACUCCUGAAGUUGCAAAGCAUCCUUAGUGACAUAUAACCGGUGAUUCUAUUUCAAAGAAGGUACUUCGAUCACUCCAAUCACAAUAUUUUGGAAUUACUAUCCCUCGGGACUUUAUCUCUGCUCAGGUUACUCACUACUUCUUGAAAAGAUGCAGCGUACUGAUUUAUCACUAAUUGUAGAUUAUUUUCUUAAGAACCCUGCCAAGAUAUGCCUAAAUAUCAAUUUAGCUGUCCUAGAUGGCAAGCUCAAGGCUAUUGUGAAAAGAAAGAAAAUGAAAUGAAAAUGGUUUGUAAAAGGACAUGCGGUUUCUGUGGUAAGUAAAUGGUUCGUUAAAAGCGAGACCCUUACAAUCGAGAAUAGGAAAAGUAGGUUACCCUCGCAAACUAAAAUUUCCCAGUAAUCAUGCAUCUCAUUUCAUGAAACACUCGGCCACAUUACGCACUUGCAAAACCAAAAAUAGGUCUUAGUCUGCCACCUACCUAAAACUGUAACUUUCAAAUACUUUAUAAUAAUUGUUGUACCAGAAGAAUGCUUCCUAUUGUCUUUAAUGAUUCUAAUGCGAUAAUGGAUCUGUACAACUAAUUGAUCGCAGGACGUUACUUAUGAUGAGAUGAAUCAGAAAUAUCCCUCCGCCCUUUUCCUUGACAACCGCGUUUGACAAGUACGCUUUGAAAGAAAAAAAAAGGCACUGGUGAAAAUGCGCCUUUAGAGUCAUAAAAAGCCGAGAAACGAAUGUACUAUAAAUCAUCUAUGCAAAUAUUUCAAUUUCAAAACGAUGAGUUUGUCAUUCAUAAAUACCUUUUGUUUUGCUUUCAUUGCAGUAGCCGAUCCAGUACACGCACCUAAUGAAGCGGUGGUAUCUCAACAUUCUCCUCUACAGGCUAACACGGGUAACACUAACACUGCUAAUGUUAAAGCUCCACAAUUGUCAAAGCCGCCGGCAUCAUUACCAGAAAAGCCCACUGAAAAUAACAUAUCAAAUGAUCAACUGCAUUUAACACCACAGUUUGAUGAUCAAACUAUAAACAUAACACCCCUGAAAGCAAAAGUGUCACUGACAACGUUAUCAGAAAAGGCAAAUGAAAAUAACAUACUAAAUGAUCAACCUCGCUUAACACCACAGUUUGAUAUGCAAACAAUAAACAUAACACCCCUGAAAGCAAGGAUUUCAUUGACAUCAUUACCAGCAAAGUUUGAUAAAAGUAACAAAUUAAAUGACCAACCUAAGCUAAAACAACAGUUUGACAUGCAAAACAUAGAAAUUACACCCCUAAAACCGAAGAUUUCGUUGAUUAAAGUCUUCGAGCCAUUUGUAGGAUCACUUACUAAAUCCAACUCUACGAAUACCACAGAGGCUUCAAAGACAUCAUCUAAGUCUUCCCAAGACAAGCAUCUUACUAAAGAAACAGAAAGCUCACCCUCCAAGAAUCAGGAUGACCAAAUUCUUACAGUUGGCGCAAAAAAUAUUCACAAUUUUACUCUAAAAUCCGUUGGUCAGACCCUCGUCCAAAAAAAUAGAACCUCACUUUUGGAUCAGAGUGGUCCUAACACACCAAGUUCUUUGCCUCGUGAGCAGGGCGUGCCCAUCGAGCUUAACAACUUUAUAAAAAGACCCAUUAAAUUUGGUUUGUCUCAUUUAAAUGGAGCAGAACUUCAGUCAAGUCUAUUUCCUGCUGGAAACAGAGUUAACAGCCAAAACUAUCGAUCACAGGGAGAAGACAACUUGAUUAUGGAAGGUAUCGAGGCACUAAAACACAGGCUGCAAGCUCCGGUGCACAUAAGUGCUGUGGCAAGGAGUAACCCAGCGUGUGGGCAAAGACUCUGCAAGGAAAAAGUAAAAACCCAAGAAGCAAAAACUAGAGAAACCAUAGGAGAUCAAGGUGGAAAAUAAAUAUUUACUUGAUGACUGGGUGUGGUGAACUGGGUGGGAAAAUAUUCGGCUCAAAGUCGUGACGUAAGGACCGAGCGCAGUUAGCUCCUUUAAACUGAAUAUUUUCCAGUCCAACCCGACAAAAUUAAUCAAUAAGCAUUUUAUCAUAUGACCUUCGCUCAAGCCAUCGCGUACGACAGGGAUUUUUUAAAAAUAUUUUUCAAUUUAAGCUCUCGAGGGGCCUUAUAGGUCACAAGUGAUACUCUUAAAAAUUGGAAAGAUGUUUGAAAAAAUCUUCUUUAUAGCCAAUGUGGUCUGCAAACAGUUAUGGAUAAUUUCAGAAUAAUCCUAAUUAUUGAUGUGAAAAGUCGUCGGAAAAAGUGAUUAUUUAUAUUCAAAUGGUUCGCCUUAUAGUUAGUUUCAUCAAGAUUGAAGAAGUAGAAAACUUCCAUUUAAGACGCUAUUUUAAAAAAAUUCAACAAUCACUGAAACUUAAUCUGUACUUAAAGUUGAGGAAAUAUUUAUUAAACUUAUUUUCCUUGUAUUAUUUAGCACUGGCUGACGUUGCAGCUGCUCGCAAGACUGAAGAGAAACCCGUCUCAACAACUGGUAAUGGUUGAUUUGAAAGGAAUUUUGUUAUUAUUUUUUCUUAUCCUUGGUAAAUCCAAUAAAAAAAAGUGAUUCUUUUGAAUUGUUGGAUAUCAACAGUGGCUAUAUCAUAUGAUUUUGAAAUGUUCUUGCUAAGUGUUAAAAGGAUUAUUUAACUUAUGCAUAGUAAACUAUUAGUUUUGUAGUCAUUACCAAAGAGACACUCUUACGCUUUAUGACGUAUUUCUUCAAAUCACCUCCAAAAACAUCCGUCAAGAACAAAUUCAAGAGAGGAUUUUGAAGAGCAGAAAUGCAAAAUUAAUAUUUUUAUUUUUCAUUAUCAUAACCGUAUCCGUGAAAAGGUUUGUUUGUUGGGUUAAAAUUAAUCAGUCAUUAAAGAAAGAUAAUAAGAGAACCGUCAAAUCGCCCAAAUGGUUUGGUUUCGAAUUCUCAUUCAAAAAUAAAGUCGCGAUUUUCCUAGUAAAAUACUAAGUGUCUUGGUCUAUGCCAGAAUAAAAGUUUAAAAUUACGUACGUAGGUCACAACCUCAGCCAUUGUUUAUUUAAGGUUGUAACAGCUCGUGUCAACAAGAAUGUCUGGCGGCUCACAACAGAUAUCGUUUAAACCAUGGCGCAUCACCCUUGAUAUUGGACCAAACAUUAGCUGAUCAGGCUCAACAGUGGGCUGAUAAAAAAGUGUUUAAACAUUCCCCCUGGGCAGGGGGGCAGGGUGGGGAGACAAUCGCGCUGGGUAGCCUUUACCCUUCGUUCACUGCUGCAGUUAAAGCUUGGCACGACGAAGAGAAGGAUUUUGAUUGGUCAACUGGAACUGCCAUCGGAGAUAUGAAAGUCAAUCACUUUACUCAGGUGUGGAUGUGAAUGUUUUCUAUUUCUACAAUUUUCAAGCUUAAGAUAUUUGAAUGAAGCCAAAAAGAGACAGCAGUUUAUCGUUUUGUCGGUCUUUCCGUGUGGCAUUUUUAUUCAUUGUUUCGCGUACAGUCAAACCUGUAUACUAAUCGGCUAACCACGGGGAAUGGCGGUAAUGUACAAAAAAGGGUGAUGUAAAAAACGAUAAAAAACUGCUUUUUUACGCCAUAAUUGACCACUUAUACAACAAAGACUCACUCAAAAAUACUACUGACGUUGAUUUCGGGGAGGGAUGCAUGGGUUAAAUUUACGUCAAAUAUUAUUAUUAGUUUUAUUUGAGUGGUUCCGGUUUAAGUGACCGUUAACUACGGGUGGAGGAUAACACGCUUAAUAGAGAUGACCGUUUAAUAGAGGCAAAAAUGACAGUGAUUGAAGGGAAAGGAAAUUGGGGACUUUGACAACCGACCGCUUAGAACAGGGUGGCCGCUUAAUACCGUGCUGCUUUGUACAAGUUGGACUGUAUUUCCCCGCGUGACUGUCUUUACCGCCGAGGCUCGCCAGUCAUUUUCAUGUAAAAUGAUGUGGACAAGUUUUUACUUCAAGAUAUAAAUUAUUGUCAUAAAGGUUGAUGUAAUGGGAAUUCGUAGCUAUCAUCAUUAACUAGUGUGGUGACCCCAUUUUUAUAUUAACCUUCGAAUUUCAAUAAAACGAUAAAAAGCCAUAAGGUAAAGCCUAACGAUAACUUCAUUCCUCGAUUCUAUUUCAGAGAUUAAAUCCGAAUGAUGUAGCAUGAAUUAAAUUCCUCAAUGGGAGAAAUAAGAGGUCAAUGUUUCGUUUGAUUUUGUAGGUUUAUUAUUCGGGUUUUUUAAUUUCUAGGUGGUUUGGAAGGGAGCACAUCUACUUGGAUGUGGCAAAACUAUUGUGAAUGGCGAACCAUAUUACAUUGCACAAAUGGAUACCCCAGGGGUCAUAGCGGGCGUACCAGGUUUUGACAAGUCCAACGUAGGUGAACCAAAGGAGGUAAGCAGUGAAUCAUAGGGGAGGGGAGAGGAGAAGGUCUUGCAUAAACCUCAAAUGAAAUGAUUUUGUAGAUGCGACACACGAAGCUUAGCCGACAGCACCAAAAAUGCAACAGGACACGAAAGGCUAAGUAAUAUUAUAAGUGCUAAUACUUUUCAAAUCUCCAUUGUAAAUUCUAGUUUUUGUCAUCAUUAUGGUAAUCGUAAUUGUCACCGUUACUUUUAUCGCUAGUAGUGUCAUUAUCGUUGUAUUUUUCGUCUUUCUUGUUGACGUCGUCACAAUCAGUGUUAUCGUCUUAACUUUAACUUUAUUGCGAUUAUAGCCAUCGUAUUUUCUGUCGUUACCGUCAACCUUCUAAGUAAUGACGUCCUCAUAGUUAUAAAAAUAACAGUAACAAAAGAAACCAUUAUGGCAGUGUUUUACAGCUAUAGCGACGAUGUUUAACUAUGACGAAGCAAUUACGGUUUACAACGUCUUUAUCGAUAACGGCGUCGCUUACUAUAAUAGAAAGAAAUCAACGUCGUAGUAUCUAUUUACGAUUCCGUGUAAUGGAUCAAUAUCAGUAUCUGGGAAAUUGCCCACUUACCCCUCCCCUAACUCAACAACAGUCAACUGAUAACAAGCUAGGGUUAAUGUUGGGUUAGGGGAGGGGUAGGUGGGCAGUUGCCCAGAUAUUGAUAUUGAUCCCGCGUAAUUCUAACUCUCCUUGAUCAUGAAGUCGUUUUUGUUAACAGCAUCAAUGUACUUUACGUUAUCGUUGUCAUCGUUCUCGGCGUUCUUUUCAUUGGUAUUAUUGUUUAGUAGGAAAAUAUGAUUGUGUUGAAGUCUAGGUUUCUUCAUUCAACUGAUUAACUUGGGUAAUAAUCAUUCCUUCUUCGUCUAGCCUGAUCUAAACUGGUUCAUGGACAGUUCGCCUUACUGGAAAGAAAUGCAAACUAAGGAUGCCAUCCCCAAGAACAUCGAGCAUCGAAUAUUGUGAUCGCAGUAACUUUCCCGAAAUAUGCAACGUGUGGGAAAGAACUUGUGUUUUUAAGCAACCGAGAAGCGGAGUAAGCGUAUUAACGUUGUGUGUUACUACUGACGCAUCUGCGUGAACAAUUGACACAGUGAUGAGGCGAAUGGCGAGGACAAUAAUGAUCUAGACAUGAACUUGCAGUAGUCUUAAGAAUUUUCGGGAGAAGCUCGAUGUUUUGCGCUCCUUAGUGGUGCCAGAUCUCCUCUUCAGCGUCACACGUUAAGACGUUGCCCAGUCCAAGUAGAAAAGUCUACAUUUGUUUUUGAAGUUCCUGCUCUCAGACUACACAAAAUUUAAACAAUACCACGUUGUUUUGAGGAGGACAGCUAACAAGGAAAUUUACAAAGUUUUAAUACACACUUGAGAAUUCUUCUUGAUCUAAAUCGGAUCUUUUGUUUCAUCGCGAGUUGUUGUUGACGUCCUGUUUUGCGAGAGGUUCCUAUUGCCCUGGAAUGACGUAUCCUGGUCAUCGAAAAACGGAUAUUACCAUGGACAUCGUAAACUUAGAAACAAACGAUAUAUGGUGAUUUGUAGAAAUUAUUCGACUGUAAUUCAGUAAUUUGAACGGGGGCGGGGUAAAAUUUGAACGUGUGAUCUGAUCAUAAGGGUGAAGGUAUUCCUGAGAAGGACUGAUGCCGAUUGUAGCGAUUGACGUUUCGAGAAUGUUAGAGUCGCAGUUGAGUGACAUCCGCUGAGGUUUUUACUCUCUUUUCUUUUGAGGUUUUCCAAACGUCAGUCAACUACUAUAGACAACAGUAGUUCCCAGGACUUUCCUCACCUGGACGAUCAGACGACACGAUCAGAAAUUACACUCUUGCACGAAUUUUAUGAUGAGGAAAUAUAUUUAUUUCCACUGAAAUGUGAUUACCAUAUAUACAUUUCAAUUAAGGAAUGCGUUUCUUUUCAUAAUCGCUUUCUUUCAGCAAGUGAUGGUCCUCUGAUGACUAGAAAAAAACUGAUUUGUUUUGACUAAGAUAUAAUUCCCAUGUAUCCACGAAAAGAGAACUUCAUUACAUUUGUAUGACAUAUCCUCGUAAUUACAACAAAUAAGAUGUAGGACGAUGUCGGACGAUUGGUGCAAAUCAAGAGAACAUGCUGCUCUCCGCCGUAAAUCCUACGGUUGAAAAAAUACUGAAUUUGAUUGACAUAUAGUUUCUUGUUUUUUGUUUCAAAGUUCAAAAGAUUCAUCGUCCGUGG